UGAACCUGUACGCUGUUUGCGUGCCCAAUCCGCCUGUGUGAUACAGUUCAAGCCAAACAGCGCCUCACAGGAUACGAUGGUCACAGAAUUUGGUGUAACGCCGGAUUUCCAGAUUUCCCGAACAUAUAACUAACUGGGUAGGAAUUUGGUUUGUGCGAAGUGAUUCAUAAUCUUCUCGCGAGCUUCAGGAGUAAUAACACCUCCGCUCCUCAUUCACUGAUCUUCGAGUCGAAAGAAGAACGGAAUCCGAGGGGUUUCAUGAAAACCAAACAGUUUUAUCCUAUGACAGAAGAAAAAUGUGGAGUUUCGUCCAGUGACUAUCUGUUCAGAUAAAAAGGAAAAGUCUCACACACAGUGCUGAUGUUUUGGCUGUUUUUAUGAAGAGCUGAGUAGAAAGAAUUUUUAAUGAUGAUGAUGAUGAUGAUGAAGACCAUGUUGCUGCUGAUCUCAGUACUCCUAACUUCAGUCCCAGGGCAGACUGGCCACCCAAGAUGAGAUGAUAGCCCUGGUCGAGCCGACGCCGUACACUUUGUAUCCGGGGGACAAACUGGAGCUGAGCUGUAAAAGUAUAGAGGAGACACAGGAAGUGACCUGGACUAAGAACCAUGUUCCCCUGGUUGAUGGAGAGCACACUCGCCUGCGCAACCAUCAGAUGGAGAUUGAAGCAGUAGAGCCGGCCGACUCUGGUCUGUAUGCUUGCUUUGCUCAGGGACCCAACAGCAACCAUACAGAUUACUUCAGUGUCAACGUUACAGAUGGAUUGGCUUCCUCAGAAGAUGAUGAAGAAGAUGAGUCUUCCUCCGAGGAGACCAGGCUAUCGAGUGACCAGAAACUGCUUCCAAUGGCACCUGUCUGGGCUCAUCCUGAUAAGAUGGAGAAGUGGUUCUAUGUGGUUCCCGCUAGCAAAACCAUCAAGUUUCGUUGCCAGGCCAACGGUAACCCUACACCAACACUCAAGUGGCUCAAAAAUGGCAAAGAAUUUAAAAAAGACCAGCGAAUAGGAGGCUACAAGGUUCGACAGCACAUGUGGACCAUCAUAAUGGAGUCGGUGGUACCGUCAGAUAAAGGCAACUACACCUGUCUGGUGGAAAACAAAUAUGGCAGCAUCAAUCACACCUACCAGCUGGACGUAGUUGACUCUCAAGGGAAUAGGUCAAUUCUUCAGGCGGGGUUGCCUGCUAACCGUACAGUAGUGGUGGGGAGUGACGUGGAGUUUGAGUGUAAAGUCUUCAGCGAUCCUCAGCCACACAUCCAGUGGCUGAAGCACAUUGUGGUCAAUGGCAGUAAAUUUGGCCUUGACGGACUGCCGUAUGUUCGGAUCUUGAAGACGGCAGGUGUCAACACCACACAUAAGGACAUGGAGGUACUGCAGAUUACGAAAGUGUCUUUAGAGGAUGCUGGAGAGUACACCUGCUUGGCUGGGAACUCUGUCGGCUUCGCUCAUCAGUCUGCAUGGUUGACUGUCUAUGAAGCAUCCACAAUGCCCAGCUUCAAGUUUUGCCAUUGUCCUGUCGAUAUGUCAGCAUCAUCCUCCAGUCCAGCUCCAGUGGUCCUACACCUGACUUCAGUACUGCCGCCUGCCGUGGACUGCAUGUUUUUCACAAUCAUGAUAGUUUUUGUUUUCUUGUUUGCAUUUUGAGCCAAAUAAGGCUCACAAUUUUCUCUGCACCCGAGUCCUCAUUCUCUCCUUCCACAAACCCUGACAUACUUACAAUACAACAUGCUGUUAUUUUUAAUGUUAAUGUAGGUUGUGAUGGAGAGUUAAAUGUUUUCUAUGAAAGAGUGUAUUGAAAGUUCUUUUGAGAUAUGUAUG